AUGCAUAUGGUGACACCCUCCCAUCCGUCACAAGAAAAGGAUCAAAAGCCUUCACUGUAUACACCUGAGGAGGGACUAGUAAAGCCCUUCGAAGGGACAGGCUUGAAUCUGAAUCAAUCCAUCUGUAGUAGUACGGACGACACCUCAAAAAUCAGCAUUUUUGAACUUUCUAUUCCGAGUACUUCCACACCAAAUCCAAUCCCCAUUCCUGGUGAAAUUGCACCCACACUUAAUGCUAAAUUGGCUCGACCAAGUGUUACAACGCCUCGGUGCCGAAUUUGCUACGAAGAAGAGAUAGAUACGUCCUCUCUCAUUUCGCCCUGUCGAUGCAAGGGAACAGUGGGCCUACUGCACAAGACCUGUCUAGAGCACUGGCUUCAGGUCUCACAGACGAUUAGCUGUGAAAUCUGCGGCUACUCUUACAAUCUUCGGGCUAAAUCACCGCUGCCCACCGAGCUAAACAUUUCAAAAACGUCUGUCAGUUUUGCAAUUGGACGAAUCAAUUUCUUACGAGAGUGGUUCUACUCGCGCCUUGUUCAGCGUCAUGUCAUAACUGAUUGCAUCUUCUUAUUUCUUCUGGCAUCAACUACUUGCAUUGGAAUGUACUUCUGCAUCACAACAAGUCUGCACUUCCUACACACUGAAAAGACAAUGAUUUGGCAGAUUCCAGUACUCAUAGGUCUUGCUGUGGUUUUACUGCUUAUCUUUCUUUUGUGGAUCAUUCUUGCCAUUAGACAUCAUACAAAAGCCUAUCUCUCACACCGACGCCAUCAGGAGGACCGAAUUAGGGAAUUCUUUUACCGACGAGCUCUUGAACGGCACUGGAGGUUCUCUGUGCAUCCACGACCCAGGGGAUCGUCGUUUGCCUUGCAGUCCUUCUCCACGCCAAAUACGACUGGAUGUUUAGAGGAACGAGAGGAAAGCGACUGCGCUGAUCACGAAGACAUGAAUGUUGUCCUUCCAUCCCUCCACCUCUACACAGUGGCAGAAGGAGGUGAGGUGGAGGAGCAGGAGGAGGACAGUAGGAGCCAUUCCAUCGUGUGA